AUGGCGAGUAAGAAGAGAGAAUCAGUGAUCAGCACGUUUGCAACUAUGCGGGUCCUCAACGUCCUCAGACAUUGGGUCACUAAACACUGUCAGGAUUUUGACAUGGACAAGGAAUUAAAAGACAACGUGAACGACUUGUUGGAGGAGAUGUUAGGUGACCCAACCUUACUACCGGUCGAAUACAAAGCUGCAAACGUCGUUUCGUUAGCGCUCAACAAAGCCGAUACGUCACUGGCCGAAUCUGAAGAGAUGUUACAAAAAAUACUCACUCCACCGACGAUGAUAUCAGACGAUUCCCUGGAGUCACUGGCUGCCCUGGACAUCGCCGAGCAGAUGACAUACAUCGACCACAAAAUAUUCUCAGCUAUCAACUCAUCUGUUGGUAGGGAGCUUUUAGGCCAAGCUUGGAUGAAACCUGAAAAAUCGUGCAAAGCUCAACACGUUCUUCUCGCGAGUAGGCUGGUCGUAUCGGAAAUAAUAAGGAGGCAGACGAUCAAUGAAAGAGUUGCUUGCAUCGAAAAGUGGGCCGCCAUCGCCGACAUAUGCAGAUGCAUCAACAAUUUCAACGGGGUUCUUCAGGUAUGUGCCGCUUUCGUCAACAGUUCCAUCUACCGGCUGAAGAAGACGUGGGAUAAGUUACCUAAACAGACGAGGCAGAUGAUUGACAAGUUGCAGAGUUUAGUCUCGGCAGAUGGCAGGUGCGAUCCGCCGUGUAUUCCUUAUUUGGGAAUUUACCUCACGGAUCUGUCGUUCAUCGAGGAGGGCACGCCAAAUGUUACCGAAAACGGAUUGGUUAACUUCUCGAAAAUGAGGAUGAUUGCCCACGUAAUUCAAGAGAUAAAAACGUUCCAACAGACGCCGUACAAGAUUGAGUUUCAGCGAAGAGUUGCAGAUUAUUUGUUAGAUUCAAGUCGUCUUAUAGAUGACGACCAGACAUUUAAAUUUUCACUCGAGAUGGAACCGAGAAACAUCAGAGUCAGCAUCCCAACUUCUGGUAUGAUGUAG